AUGUCGACGGCUGCCGUGCAAUUUAGUGUCCACAAGGGCAAGGGUAGCAAGGCUCGCGUUGAUGAUGACCAUGGACCCUACCCCGCCUUGCAGUCAGGCAAGGGCUCGCAUAGCCCCACUCUGAUCGACGACUACGGCGUGUUCACUGACGACGACCUCACAGAGGGCGGCGGCCACCACCCCCUGGUCGGCCAAGACCCGAAAGCGGCAGCUUCGGCGGCGCCCAGCGGCCUCGCUGUGCCCGCAACUGCGACGCCGCACAGCACGCUCAGACGCGACCCCAUCAUCUACGACAUCUCUGACCACGCGGGCGGCGCUCCGCCCAUCGAUGCUGGCGCGGCUGCCCCUGGCGCUCCGCAGGCUGCCCCCGCCGUGUUGCCUGGAGGCCCCCCCUCAGCAGCGGCCGCCGCUGCGCCUGCUGCGGUCCCCGCCGAAGCAGCGGCGCCUGCGGUGCCCCGUGCUGCCGCGCAGCCCCCGGGUCCGCUUACGCAUGAGGCUGCUGGUGCUCCCCUCUCUCCAGUUUCGGUCGCCGUCGCUGCUGCCAGCGCUGCUGUCACGGAGCCCAACCUCACUGCGACACCUGUGCCCGCUGGCGGCGCCCCGCCCACCCUCGGCGACAUCCGCGACCUGACCAUCGGCCGCUGCGACACGCUGCAGACGAGCAUCAACACGACAGCCCAAUCGGUGCACGCCCUCCAGGAGCAGCACAACAGCCUAGCCCUCCGCCCGCACGCGGUGGAGGUCGACCGCGCCCAAGCCAUGGAGGCCCCCAUCAGUCUGAUCAAAGAGGCGGCUGCAGAAGCCGCUUCCGCUCAAGCCCAUGCAAUCGAGAUGCGGAUGACACAGCAGAUCUCCGACCUCGAGGCCAAGCCCGCGGCGAAGAUGAAAGAGGAAACCCAUGUGCGGCCCGCGCCCAGGAGCCCCUCGGAGGACUCCUGGAGCUCUUGGGCCCCUGGCCGUCGCGGCAGCUCCCGCGCCUCCACCUCGGGGGCUGGCUCCAGGACUGGCCCUCGAGCUGAUGAGUUCGGCUCGGACCCGUGCGAGGUCUGGAUCGUCGGCUUCAAGGGGAAGUGCCCCAAGGCGGUCCUGCUCUGCACAGCGGCGUCCAUUGUCGCCCUGCACGUCCCUGCCCAUCACAGGGACCAGGUCGUCGCCGUGGCGUGCAAUAUCAACGCGACGUUCUCGUUGCAGUUCCCCGUGGAGCAGCAGGCGAAAGCCUUCCUCGACGGCUUCUCCGCCCAGCCCUGCGCCUGGUCUCCUGGGCAGCCUUCCCGCGCGCUGCGGGCGCGCAAUGGCCCCCCCCCCCAGAGCGCCAGGAACAAGAACAUUGCGCCCGGGGAGCUGUGGAAGGGCAUCCGCGCCCACAUGGAGGAAAAGGCCAUCUGGCGGGACACGGACCAGCUCGGCUACAAUGCGCACAAAGGCCGCAUCUACGAGCUGUGCUCAGUCGUCGCGGACCUGGCGGGCGUCUUCACGCCGCUGCGACUCCCGCCUGACGGCCCCUUGAGCUGCCCCGACAGCAGUGGCAUCGUCUGCGGCCACUCCGAGGCUCAUAGUGCGCGUGCGAGCCGUCCUGCGGGCGGCUGCUGGGUGCACCUCGUCGGCACCAGAGUGUUCUGCGCGGAGUUCGGAGCGGUGUUCAUCCAGGGCGCGGUCUUCCUCUUCGGCGUAUUCGACGUCGGCCGCCUCUUCUUCUCCCCCGUCUUCAUCGACGUCGCCCUCUGCGGAGCCGCCAUCUGCCAGCACCUCAACCAACUCCCCGACACGCUGCGCAACACCCAGGUCGCAGAGCUCCACGCCCUCAACAUGCACCCGCAGCGCAAGGCCGAGUCGGCGGGGGCGGUGUCCAGGACAGCCGCGCACAGGCUUGCUCUCGCCACCCCUGCAAUUCAAGCCGCCAGAAUAUUCCUAGAAGAGUCGGCCCUGUCACGCGAAUCCCUCCCGGCACUUCGCGAUCGCAAAUGGUUCGACAACAGCGUGGCCCAGGACCUGAUCCGCAACUACGACGUGCUGAGUCUCGCCUCGGCGCCCGCGGCCGCGCUCCCUGGCCUCCACCCUCGCGAGGCACCUGGAGGCCUCUGGAGGCGGCUGCGGCUGCUGUCGGGGUGGCCGACCAUGGGGCACCGCAGCCUCGGGCGCCUCACCGCCGAGGGGGUGCAGCUGGAGAGGCUGGCCGGGGAGGUCGCGUCCCUGGCGGAGCGGCAGCGCGAGUCGCAUGGCGCGCUGGGCGAGCUGCGCAAGGGGCUGGCUGGCGAGGAGGCCGCGCGGCUGGCGCAGAUGCGCGAGGCGCGCGGGCGCUGGGAGGAGGUGCUGCAGGAGCUGAGGGACAUCUUGCGGGAGGAGAAGGUGCUUCGGGACCGGGAGGCAGAGGAGCUCAAGGUCGCCCAGUUGACGGCAAUGGGUGCGCUGCGGAUAGACCUGGAGGACGUCCGCGCGGAGCAGCAGCGGCUGCGGCACGCGGGCGCUGCUUGGCAGCCGGGCGGCCCUCCGCCGCCGCAGCCGCCCGCCGCGCCGGGCGGCGUGCGCCCGGAGAUGGAGCGGAACAGUCUCCGCCUCAUCGCCGACAUGGGCGCGCGCCUCGAGGAGUUCACGACGCGCCUCGAAGGCACGGAG